ACUACAUUCAUAUAAGAUAUAGCUCAUAGCGUCCCUUGACAGGAUUGCAGGACGGAGGGCCUGGAAAGGGGCAAUAUAUAGCCGUUCGAAUAAUGUGGAUGUAUAUUGCCGUCGCCUCUGUCUGUGCGGGUGUGUUUGUGUGCAAUUCUUAAGUGAUCAUCUUGAAACUUUACAUACUUAUUCCUUAUACCCUCAGGAUGACCCCUAUUGUUUUUGGUGCAUGCCCGACCCCCAGGGGCAGAGCCGCGCCCAUUUCUUGUAUUUGUUUCUUAGCGUAUCAUUUUAAAACUUUGCAUACUUAUUCUUAUUUCAUUUGAAAAUGGAUCGGAAAACAGGCUGGGCCUAUGUUGACUCCUUUCCAGAAUUUACAAAAAUAAGUUUAAUUUAUGUACAUACAGAACAUAAUAUUAUAUAAAACAAGAACAUAUAAAAAUACAAAAUAUAAAAUUAUUUCAGAUUUAAAUAUAAACUAAACAUUUAUACAUUUAUACAGCAUACAGUUGUCCGUUCCGUUACUUUAUAUUAAUAUGGUACCAAUGUAGUAGUGCCUAUUGUUUGUGGUGAAUGCCUAGCCCCCCAGGGGCAGAGCCACGCCUAUUUUCUUUGUGUGUGUCUGUGUUAUUUACAGGUCCAUGCCAAACCCUCAAACACAGCUAUGAACUUAGCAGUAGACACCAGUGAAUACGCAAUUGGGAUCACGUGGUUUGUCGCAUUUUCUGAGUGUGCCUUUAAAAAUUUCGCGACACACUUUGGAAGAUCUCGCUCGCGGCACACUAGUUGAGAAUUACUGGUCUACAGACUGCAAUUCUGAAUGGAUUAUCUUGGAAAUGAAAUGAAAUGAAAUGGGGUUUAACGUCCUACUCUUCUGCACCUAACCUGGGCUAAUUGAAGACGGGCAUACGCCAUACAGUGUGCUAUGAGGGAAAUUUUGCCCGGGCAGCGGCGCUACGGCCUACUCUUAUAUCGAAUUCCAACUCCCAAGGGAUUUUUUACGUGCACGUCAAUGUGUACACGGGACCUCGGUUUGUCGUCACAUCCGAACGACUAGGCAGCUGUCCUUGUCAGGCCCUCCGUUCUGCAUCACUGACAAGGGGAAGGAUUAUCUUGGAACUUUGCAUAUUUAUUCCUUAUACCGUAAAGACAGCAACUAUUUUUUUUUUUCUGUAAAUUUGCUAAAACAAACCCAACGCCUAGACCUCUUUUCCUCUUUUCAUAUUACAGCCAUUUUAUAUUUCUUUCUCUUCAUUUUAAAAAGUACCAUAUCUAUGAAAGCUGUAAUGUGGACGUAUAUUGCAGCGGUACCGAUGCUCUAGUUGUAGUAGGCUGUUAAAUCCAAUUUCAUUUCAUUUCAGUUUAUAUGAAAACCAAAAAUCGCCGUCCUAAUAAUCCCUCGGGCUGGAAGUAAGGACAUCUUGAUAAAGCAAUCGAGUAACCCGAAUUAAUUAAGAGAGAAAUGGGUUUUAGCGUCCACUUGACAUAAAUUAGGUCAUUUCGGGACUAACAUAUGGUUCAGUUUCAUUUCAAUAAUUCGCUACGGCUUUUUAACAGUUGGGGGAAACCGGUGGACCCGGAGAAAAGGUAGAAGGUAGGACAGGCGACCACAACUCAAUGACAAACCUUAUGAUGCAACGCGCACGCGAUAACCAUUCCUCCAGUGGGGGGAAACCGUAUGAUGCAACGCGUUAAUCAUUCGCCCCCCCCCCCCAAAGAACCAAUGCAUCUUUCCGUCAACCAAACAAACUUUAUUAUUGUUCUUUAUGUUUUAUCUGAGAGAUUUCCAGUUUUAGAAUGGAUGAGACCAAUGUACCACGAGAUGACAAACCGGCUAAAAGAGAAAGUUCAAACGGGAGUGAUGAUGAAAUGGAACACCUGAUACCAACUAAAAUAGUAAAAUUAUCUGAUGAAAGUGAAAGUGGGAAUAUCGAACCAAAACAUGAACUCCAGAAGAUACAGGAAAGAUUAUCUCAAGCUGUUGAUGACGUCAACAUUGAUCUAACGGAGACCAUAUUAAAAGAACUACAGCCAGAUGACGUCAGAAGACUACAAGACGUCAUUAUAAGUUUAACCUGUCAAUCAUUAGAGAGAAGAUAUUUAUCACUUGUUAAGUGUUUAUUUAAUAAUAUUAUAAUAUUACAAUCUGAUGGUCAACUUGAUAUUAAUUUAAAUAUACAGUUAAUGAUAUGUGCUAUAAAAUCAGAUUUUGUUGAAGGUAUUCAGUAUCUCUAUAGUAAGAAAUUAUAUUUACAGGUUGAACAUGACAAUAAAGUAUGGAAUGCUUUGUUAGAAUCUGUUAAGUAUAACAGUUUCAAUAUUACUAAAUAUCUUUUAACAAUUUCUGAUUUAAAUCUCAAUCUAGACUCUGAUAAAACUAUAUUAAUGUUUGCUAAAUCUGGUAAAAUGUUGUCAAUUCUUUUAAGUAAUGAUCAAAUCAAGAACAUGAUUAAUUAUAAAUCUAAAUCUGGUCACCCUGUGUUAUAUCACUGUAUAGAAAACACUGAUGAUGUUGCCGAAUGUUUAAACUGUAUUAACAUUCUAACAGAAGCUGGAGCUGAAUUCGACAAGUUCAAUCUAAAUAAAUCAUUACAAUAUGUUAUUUAUAAGUAUGGUAAUAAAGAUACAUGUGACGGUAUUAUAUCAUUAUUACUACAACACGGUGCUGACGUUAAUCAGGUUGACGGGUAUCUCACACCUUUAACAUGUGCUAUACUACAACAUGGUGAUAAAGAUACCUGUUUAGGUAUUAUAUCAUUAUUACUACAACAUGGUGCUGAUGUUAAUCAGAUUGACGAGUAUAACUCACCUUUAACAUGUGCUAUAGAAUACCAUGGUGAUAAAGAUACCUGUUUAGGUAUUAUAUCAUUAUUACUACAACAUGGUGCUGAUGUUAAUCAGGUUGACGGGUAUCUCACACCUUUAACAUGUGCUAUAGAAUACCAUGGUGAUAAAGAUACAUGUGACGGUAUUAUAUCAUUAUUACUACAACAUGGGGCUGACGUUAAUCAGGUUGACGGGUUGAAUUACUCACCUUUAACAUGUGCUAUAAAACACCAUGGUGAUAAAGAUACAUGUGUGGGUAUUAUAUCAUUAUUACUACAACAUGGUGCUGAUGUUAAUAUGUACUCACCUUUAAGAUUUGCUAUAUUACAACAUGGUGAUAAAGAUACCUAUUUAGGUAUUAUAUCAUUAUUACUACAACAUGGUGCUGAUGUUAAUCAGAUUGACGGGUGGGAUAGAUCACCUUUAACAUGUGCUAUACUACAACAUGGUGAUAAAGAUACCUGUUUAGGUAUUAUAUCAUUAUUACUACAACAUGGUGCUGAUGUUAAUCAGAUUGACGAGUAUAAGUCACCUUUAACAUGUGCUAUAAAACACCAUGGUGAUAAAGAUACAUGUGUGGGUAUUAUAUCAUUAUUACUACAACAUGGUGCUGAUGUUAAUAUGUACUCACCUUUAAGAUUUGCUAUAUUACAACAUGGUGAUAAAGAUACCUAUUUAGGUAUUAUAUCAUUAUUACUACAACAUGGUGCUGAUGUUAAUCAGAUUGACGGGUGGGAUAGAUCACCUUUAACAUGUGCUAUAGAACACCAUGGUGAUAAAGAUUCCUGUUUAGGUAUUAUAUCAUUAUUAAUACAACAUGGUGCUGAUGUUAAUCAGGUUGACUGGUUCUAUCACUCACCUUUAACAUGUGCUAUAGAAUUCCAUGGUGAUAAAGAUACAUGUUUAGGUAUUAUAUCAUUAUUACUACAACAUGGGGCUGACGUUAAUCAGGUUGACGGGUUGAAUUACUCACCUUUAACAUGUGCUAUAUGGUACCAUCGUGAUAAAGAUACAUGUUUAGGUAUUAUAUCAUUAUUACUACAACACGGUGCUGAUGUUAACCUGUUUGACCGGUUUAACUCACCUUUAACAUGUGCUAUAGUACACCAUGGUGAUAAAGAUACAUGUUUAGGUAUUAUAUCAUUAUUACUACAACAUGGUGCUGAUGUUAAUAUGUACUCACCUUUAAGAUUUGCUAUAUUACAACAUGGUGAUAAAGAUACCUAUUUAGGUAUUAUAUCAUUAUUACUACAACAUGGUGCUGAUGUUAAUCAGAUUGACGGGUGGGAUAGAUCACCUUUAACAUGUGCUAUAGAACACCAUGGUGAUAAAGAUUCCUGUUUAGGUAUUAUAUCAUUAUUAAUACAACAUGGUGCUGAUGUUAAUCAGGUUGACGGGUUCUAUCACUCACCUUUAACAUGUGCUAUAGAAUUCCAUGGUGAUAAAGAUACGUGGUUAGGUAUUAUAUCAUUAUUACUACAAAAAGGGGCUGAUCCUACCCAGAGUGUCGAAACAACAACGCCUUUAAUGUAUGCCGCCCAAUACGCCCACUAUAUAGAUAUUGUUAAAUUAGUGCUUGUAGAUAUUGUUAAUGUAAAUAGAACUAAUGAUCUGGGUUUAUCAGCUUGUAGACAUUGUUUUGUAAAAACGGCGAAACGUAAAUAUUAUGGGACCUGGGUGAGUAAAAGGGAUUUUAAAACUACUCUGGCUAUCUUUAAACUUUUAGUCGAGUCUGGUGCUAAUUUGGUUGCUAAUGGUCCCGAACUACUGUACGAUAUUAUGAAAUUCGGUCAAUUAAAUAUUUUUGAGUAUUAUAUAGGAUUAAAGCCAUUAGUGGAUAGUUUUACUGAAACAACCAAUCGAAAUAUUUUUCAUCUCUUGGCCCAAGUGAAAUAUGAGUUUACACCAGAGAAGUUUAAUUGGUUGUUUAAUUAUAAUAUUGAUAUAAAUCAUAAAGAUUCUUUAACUAACACUCCUCUUAUUAUUGGGGCUUUCUUAUUGAACCAUAAAUACCUGGACUUGAUAACAAAAUACAGUCCUACACGUGAUGUUAAUAUACCAAACAAUAAAGGUCAUACAGCCAUACACAGUGCUGUAAUCGGGUGCCUAUUAUCUAAGUCUAGACUGAACCAAACUGGAAAUUUGAUGGACGAUUCACUGAGUGAACACUAUAAAACUUUUCAAGAAUGUGUCAUACUUUUACUUGAUGCUGGUGGAAAUAUUAAUAGUCAGGACAAUAAUGGAAAUACUGCUUUGAUCUUAGCGGCCAAGAAAAAUGAUAAAUUUAUUGUACGUUUACUACUUGAAUUGGGCUCAAAUAUCAGUAUUUUAGAAAACAAAUAUGACACAUCUGCUUUACAAUAUCUAGACCUUGAUUAUAGUAGACAUUUUGUGAAAAUGUUUUUGAUGAGAGGUGGCCAUAAACUUCUGAAUUUACCAGGACCAGAUGGCAAUACACUGAUACAGCGAGCUUUACUUUUCCCUACAUGUUUUGAACCAGAGAAAACUGUUGGUCUAAUAAGAUAUUUAGUUGCCGAAAACUGCUGCCUUCAGCAUCUAACAUCUGUAUCUACUGAAACCAAUUUCUACAAUGACGAUGUUCAUUUAGAUGAUUUUGACAGUAAAGAGAGAAAUAAACUUAGACAACUACUUUAUCGAAGUGGGGCUCCAGAAGAAGAGAUUGUUUCCACUGUUAAUUUCAAAAUGGAGGAUGCGCGAGAUAGAGGAGAUGAGAUGUUUUACUCGGAAAACAGGGAGAAAUUCAAGUUUGUAUGUUUUAACUUAUCUCUUGAAGGAAAGUGUAUAAGACUCAUCAGGCAGAAAUUGGGACUAGAAAUAAAGAAGAAAGUUGAACAACUACAGAUACCUAAACCUCUGGUGAAGAAGAUCUUACUGGUUGAUCUUCUUCCUAAAAAAUACUUUAUCCGUUAUUCCAUGGAUGAUUAUUAUGAUGAGGAUAAUACGAGGGAAGAUACCGAUGAUGAUGAUGAUGAUGAUGAUGAUGAUGAUGAUGAUGAUGAUGGUGAUGAUGAUGAUUUCCGGGAUAGCGAUAAUGAUUUUGACGGCUACGAUUACCAAGUUUAUCUAGGUGGUGAUGACAUACCUGAUGAUGUUAUAGAUGAGGUCGAUGUUAGUGCGGAUGUUAGUGAUGAUAUAUCUGAUGAUGUUGUUAUAGACGAGGAUGAUACGGGUACGGAUUUUAGUGAUAGUGAUGACAUGAUGGAUGUUGAAGGGUAUGGAUGUUAUAGAUGAGAAAGAUACAGAUAUGGAUAUUAGUGAUGGUGAUGACAAGAUGGAUGUUGAAGGAUGAUUUUGUUAUAGAUGAGGAUAAUAAAGAUAUGGAUGUUAGUGAUGGGGAUGGAUGUUGAAGGAUGGUGUUGUUGUAGAUUAGGAUUAUAAAGAACAGAUGUUAGUAGUGGUCAGGACAAGAUGGAUGAUUGGAUGAUGAUAAUGAUGAUGAAGAGGUGAAUGUUGAUGGGUGACCAUGUCGCGGGUAUAACACAAAUAGUGAUGAUAUCCAUAUAUAGUCCUACUUAAUCAGAAUGGAUAACAUUUUUACAGAGUCAAGAUGGAAAACGUCCUACAUUUCUACACCGAUUGCGUUAAUAAAUACGGGGGGACAUUGUGAUGUACGUCUUACAGACGAAGAAAUUGAUCUCGAAAGGGCAUUGGAUGAUGAUAAUGAUGAUGAUGAUAUACUCCUACGAUCUGGACCACCAUGUUAUUAUUAUUAAUGGUUUAUCACCACCAUGCUAUUAUUAAUGGUUUAUCAACACAAUGUUAUUAUAAAUGGUUUAUCAUCACCCCACCAUAUUAUUAUUAAUGGUUUAUCACCAUCAUGUAAUUAUUAAUGGCUUAUCACUACCAUGUUAUUAUUAAUGGUUUAUCACCACCGUGUUAUUAUUAAUAGUUUAUCAGCACCGUGUUAUUAUUAAUGAUUUAUCCCCACCAUGUUAUUAUUAAUGGCUAUUCAGCACCAUGUUAUUAUUAAUGGUUUAUCAGCACCGUGUUAUUAUUAAUGGUCUAUCACCACCAUGUUAUUAUUAAUGGUUUAUCACCACCGUGUUAUUAUUAAUGGUUUAUCACCGCCAUGUUAUUAUUAAUGGUUUAUCAUCACCGUGUUAUUAUUAAUGGUUCAUCAGCACCAUGUUAUUAUUAAUGGUUUAUCACCACCAUGUUAUUAGUAAUGACUUGUCAGCACCAUGUAGCACCAUGUUAUUAUUAAUGGUUUAUCACCACCAUGUUAUUAGUAAUGACUUGUCAGCACCAUGUUAUUAUUAAUGGUUUAUCACCACCAUGUUAUUAGUAAUGGUUUGUCAGCACCAUGUUAUUAUUAAUGGUUUAUCACCAUGUUAUUAUUAAUGGUUUAUCAGCACCAUGUUAUUAUUAAUAGUUUAUCAGCACCGUGUUAUUAUUAAUGGUUUAUUACCACCAUGUUAUUAUUAAUAAUUUAUCACCACCAUGUUAUUAUUAAUUGUUUAUCACCACCAUGUUAUUAUUAAUAGUUUGUCACCACCAUGUUAUUAUUAAUGGUUUAUCACCACCAUGGUAUUAUUAAUAGUUUGUCAGCACCAUGUUAUCAUUACUGGUUUAUCAGCACCAUGUUAUUAUUAAUGGUUUAUCACCACCGUGUUAUUAAUAAUGGUUUAUCACCACCAUGUUAUUAUUAAUGGUUUAUCACCACCAUGGUAUUAUUAAUAGUUUAUCACCUCCAUGUUAUUAUUAAUGGUCUAUCACCACCAUGUUAUUAUUAAUGGUUUAUCACCACCAUGUUAUUAUUAAUGGUUUAUCAACACCAUGUUAUUAUUAAUGGUUUAUCAGCACCAUGUUAUUAUUAAUGGUUUAUCACAACCAUGUUGUUAUUAAUGGAUUAUCAGCACCGUGUUAUUAUUAAUGGUUUAUCACCACUGUGUUAUUAUUAAUGGUCUAUCAGCACCAUGUUAUUAUUAAUAGUUUAUCACCACCAUGUUAUUAAUAAUAGUUUAUCACCACCAUGUUAAUUAUUAAUGGUUUAUCAGCACCAUGUUAUUAUUAAUAGUUUAUCACCACCAUGUUAUUAUUAAUGGUUUAUAAGCACCAUGUUAUUAUUAAUAGUUUAUCACCACCAUGUUAUUAUUAAUGGUUUAUCACCAUCAUGUUAUUAUUAAUGGUUUAUCAGCACCAUGUAAUUAUUAAUAGUUUAUCUGCACCAUUUUAUUAUUAAUGAUUUUUCAGCACCGUGUUAUCACCAUCAUGUUAUUAUUAAUGGUUUAUCACCACAAUGUUAUUAUUAAUGGUUUAUUGCCACCAUGUUAUUAUUAAUGGUUUAUCACCACCAUGUUAUUAUUAAUACUUUAUCACCACCGUGUUAUUAUUAACGGUCUAUCACCACCAUGUUAUUAUUAAUGGUUUAUCACCACCGUGUUAUUAUUAAUAGUAUAUCAGUACCGUGUUAUUAUUAAUGGUCUAUCACCACAAUGUUAUUAUUAAUGGUUUAUUGCCACCAUGUUAUUAUUAAUGGUUUAUCACCACCAUGUUAUUAUUAAUAGUUUAUCACCACCGUGUUAUUAUUAACGGUCUAUCACCACCAUGUUAUUAUUAAUGGUUUAUCACCACCGUGUUAUUAUUAAUAGUUUAUCACCACCGUGUUAUUAUAAAUGGUUUAUCACCACCAGGUUAUUAUUAAUAGUUUAUCAGCACCAUGUUAUUAUUAAUGGUUUAUCACCACCAUGUUAUUAUUAAUAGUUUAUCACCACAUUAUUAUUAUUAAUGGUUUAUCACCACCAUGUUAUUAUAUGUUCAUGUUUAAUGCUGUAUAAUAAAUGCAGAUAUGAUAAAUUUUUGUGUUUUAAAAGGCAAAUUAUUUCACUCGUUCCCGUCUUCGACUAAAACUUCCCGGUAUGACACGCUUGAUCUCGCCCAAUGAUAAUGAUGAUGAAGAGGUGAAUGUUGAUGGGUGACCAUGUCGCGGGUAUAACACAAAUAGUGAUGAUAUCCAUAUAUAGUCCUACUUAAUCAGAAUGGAUAACAUUUUUACAGAGUCAAGAUGGAAAACGUCCUACAUUUCUACACCGAUUGCGUUAAUAAAUACGGGGGGACAUUGUGAUGUACGUCUUACAGACGAAGAAAUUGAUCUCGAAAGGGCAUUGGAUGAUGAUAAUGAUGAUGAUGAUAUACUCCUACGAUCUGGACCACCAUGUUAUUAUUAUUAAUGGUUUAUCACCACCAUGCUAUUAUUAAUGGUUUAUCAACACAAUGUUAUUAUAAAUGGUUUAUCAUCACCCCACCAUAUUAUUAUUAAUGGUUUAUCACCAUCAUGUAAUUAUUAAUGGCUUAUCACUACCAUGUUAUUAUUAAUGGUUUAUCACCACCGUGUUAUUAUUAAUAGUUUAUCAGCACCGUGUUAUUAUUAAUGAUUUAUCCCCACCAUGUUAUUAUUAAUGGCUAUUCAGCACCAUGUUAUUAUUAAUGGUUUAUCAGCACCGUGUUAUUAUUAAUGGUCUAUCACCACCAUGUUAUUAUUAAUGGUUUAUCACCACCGUGUUAUUAUUAAUGGUUUAUCACCGCCAUGUUAUUAUUAAUGGUUUAUCAUCACCGUGUUAUUAUUAAUGGUUCAUCAGCACCAUGUUAUUAUUAAUGGUUUAUCACCACCAUGUUAUUAGUAAUGACUUGUCAGCACCAUGUAGCACCAUGUUAUUAUUAAUGGUUUAUCACCACCAUGUUAUUAGUAAUGACUUGUCAGCACCAUGUUAUUAUUAAUGGUUUAUCACCACCAUGUUAUUAGUAAUGGUUUGUCAGCACCAUGUUAUUAUUAAUGGUUUAUCACCAUGUUAUUAUUAAUGGUUUAUCAGCACCAUGUUAUUAUUAAUAGUUUAUCAGCACCGUGUUAUUAUUAAUGGUUUAUCACCACCAUGUUAUUAUUAAUAAUUUAUCACCACCAUGUUAUUAUUAAUUGUUUAUCACCACCAUGUUAUUAUUAAUAGUUUGUCACCACCAUGUUAUUAUUAAUGGUUUAUCACCACCAUGGUAUUAUUAAUAGUUUGUCAGCACCAUGUUAUCAUUACUGGUUUAUCAGCACCAUGUUAUUAUUAAUGGUUUAUCACCACCGUGUUAUUAAUAAUGGUUUAUCACCACCAUGUUAUUAUUAAUGGUUUAUCACCACCAUGGUAUUAUUAAUAGUUUAUCACCUCCAUGUUAUUAUUAAUGGUCUAUCACCACCAUGUUAUUAUUAAUGGUUUAUCACCACCAUGUUAUUAUUAAUGGUUUAUCAACACCAUGUUAUUAUUAAUGGUUUAUCAGCACCAUGUUAUUAUUAAUGGUUUAUCACCACCAUGUUGUUAUUAAUGGAUUAUCAGCACCGUGUUAUUAUUAAUGGUUUAUCACCACUGUGUUAUUAUUAAUGGUCUAUCAGCACCAUGUUAUUAUUAAUAGUUUAUCACCACCAUGUUAUUAAUAAUAGUUUAUCACCACCAUGUUAAUUAUUAAUGGUUUAUCAGCACCAUGUUAUUAUUAAUAGUUUAUCACCACCAUGUUAUUAUUAAUGGUUUAUAAGCACCAUGUUAUUAUUAAUAGUUUAUCACCACCAUGUUAUUAUUAAUGGUUUAUCACCAUCAUGUUAUUAUUAAUGGUUUAUCAGCACCAUGUAAUUAUUAAUAGUUUAUCUGCACCAUUUUAUUAUUAAUGAUUUUUCAGCACCGUGUUAUCACCAUCAUGUUAUUAUUAAUGGUUUAUCACCACAAUGUUAUUAUUAAUGGUUUAUUGCCACCAUGUUAUUAUUAAUGGUUUAUCACCACCAUGUUAUUAUUAAUAGUUUAUCACCACCGUGUUAUUAUUAACGGUCUAUCACCACCAUGUUAUUAUUAAUGGUUUAUCACCACCGUGUUAUUAUUAAUAGUAUAUCAGUACCGUGUUAUUAUUAAUGGUCUAUCACCACAAUGUUAUUAUUAAUGGUUUAUUGCCACCAUGUUAUUAUUAAUGGUUUAUCACCACCAUGUUAUUAUUAAUAGUUUAUCACCACCGUGUUAUUAUUAACGGUCUAUCACCACCAUGUUAUUAUUAAUGGUUUAUCACCACCGUGUUAUUAUUAAUAGUUUAUCACCACCGUGUUAUUAUAAAUGGUUUAUCACCACCAGGUUAUUAUUAAUAGUUUAUCAGCACCAUGUUAUUAUUAAUGGUUUAUCACCACCAUGUUAUUAUUAAUAGUUUAUCACCACAUUAUUAUUAUUAAUGGUUUAUCACCACCAUGUUAUUAUAUGUUCAUGUUUAAUGCUGUAUAAUAAAUGCAGAUAUGAUAAA